CACAUUGAGACAAGACAUCUUUUCACUGAAGGUGUUUUGUUUAUUAUGAACGUCUCACGACUUGUGGGGAUGGACCCCGCCUCUUCAACCACUUACCUAUGGAAUUAUUAUUAUUAUCAUCAUUAUUAUACCCUUUGAAAGCUGUUACUGGCUGAAAAAAAGAAAAUGAGUUUUAUGCGGAAGCUAGUUAGCCCUCGGGCAACACCAGAGCUGUCGGCCUCUGUGGCAAUCAGCUCGCAGGAUAAUGCACUUGGUUUGAUGCAUCUGAGGAAACUAUUCGCGGAGUUCCGCCAGCCACAAGGAAAUGUUACUCAGAAAGAACAGGAGGAUAAACUCUACAACAUGUUACCUCUGUUUUGCAAGGUAUUUGACAGUUCCCCAUCCAGUGAAAUGACUGAAAAAUUUGGAGAUAUUUUGCAGUUCUGUAGCCAAGUGGCUAAACUUAUGGUUACUGAGAUACGAAGGAGGGCUUCUAAUCAGUCUACAGAGGCUGCAAGCUGUGCUAUUGUAAACUUCCUGGAGGUGGAAUCAAGCCAAGAGAACAACCGUGGCUGGAUCCUAUUGCAGACAUUGAACUUGCUUUCAACUGGUUCACAAGCUCUGGUUGACUGUAUGACUGCCGCUGCUUUGCCCUCAACCCUGGUCAAAUGUCUCUACUUGUUCUUUGAUUUACCCAACGUGCCCUGCACAGAUGUUCUAAUUGAUGGUUGUCAGUUUACACCAAAAGAACGUCGUAUUUUAUUACAGAAGGUUUUUGUCCAGGUACUUGUUCGACUGUGCAGCCAUGUUUCUCCUGCUGAAGAACUGGCAAGGAAAGAUGACCUGAGUUUGUUAUUUAAUGCUAUCACUUCCUGGUGUCAUGUACACAGCAUUCCUUGGCGUAAGAGUGCUGGUGAGAUUCUGGUAACACUUUCGCGACAUGGACUGACGCCAGCAGUUGUGAAAUAUAUUCAUGAAAAAGGUUGUGUCCGUCACUGUAUAGAAAACAUGCAACAAGCUCAAGACUUGUGUCCUAUUGAAAUGGUGGAAAUGGUAGUGACAGUCUUCUGUUUUCUUAAAGACUCCAGCGAAGUAUCUCACACGUUACUGGAUGAUUUUCGAUCAAACCAAGGCUAUAUUUUCCUCUCGGAAUUUCUCCUGAAAUUAGAACUAAGUCCUGGUGAAGACAGUCAACAAGCCCUCCGAAAUCUUGUGCUUCUUGUCGGCUCCUUAACCACGUGUGGUUUUGUUGAGUUAAAACCUGGUCAAGCCAGCACCGGUUCACUGUUUCUAAUGCCAGGAUUCACUGUUCCACAAGCCACUGGGAAAGGUGUUAGUGUGAGAAAUAUCCAAGCUUUUCAGGUCCUCCAAUCAGUAUUUCUUAAGGCCACGUCAGUUCACCUCUGUAGUAAUAUCCUUGAUGUCAUCAACAGCAUCUAUCACCAGGACAAUGCCAAUUAUUUCAUCCUUGAGUCACAGCACACUUUGUCUCAGUUUGCUGAGAAAAUUCACUUGAAACCUCCAGAUAUACAGCAAAAAUUCUUUGAAUUGUUAGAAUUCAUCGUGUUUAAUUUGAACUUUGUGCCCUGUAAAGAGCUCAUCAGUCUGAGCAUACUCAUUAAAACUCAACAUUCCAUUGAAUGCAGCAUUAUCUGCAUGAGAAGUUUGCUGAAGAUAUUACGCUACCACAUUGUCUACAAAGAUGUGUUUCGGGAAGUUGGUAUGUUGGAAGUCAUGGUUACAUGUCUACAUCGGUAUGCUGCUCUUCUGAAAGAUCCUCAGAAUGGAGUUCAUGUAGUGACAGUCAUUUCCAUUGAAUGCAGCAUUAUCUGCAUGAGAAGUUUGCUGAAGAUAUUACGCUACCACAUUGUCUACAAAGAUGUGUUUCGGGAAGUUGGUAUGUUGGAAGUCAUGGUUACAUGUCUACAUCGGUAUGCUGCUCUUCUGAAAGAUCCUCAGAAUGGAGUUGAACAUUUCAAAAUAUCAGAAGAGCAGAUGACAUUGGGAUUCUAUGUCAUGGAAGCCCUGGCAAUUCUGCUGAAUGGCAACAGUGCCAAUGCCAGUGUGUUCCAUGAGUGUGGAGGAGCACGAUGUGCUCAUAAUAUGGUGCCUUAUGUUGAUUGCCAGCACCAAGCCCUUAACAUUGUCCAGCAGCUGGUUCUGUCCCCUGGAGGUGAUGAUGACAUGGGCACCCUUUUAGGACUCAUGCACACAGCACCCGUAACUGCACUGCAACUUAAAACUCACAUAUUAAAGUCUCUGCUGAACGUUUUACGUGAGAGCCAUCGUACAAGAACAGUGUUCCGUAAAGUUGGUGGAUUUGUGUACGUGAUGUCGGUGCUUGUGUCAAUGGAAGGGUGUUUAUCCGAACCUCCAAAGUCACCAUGGCACACAGUUGACAGAGAAGAAAUUUUGACCAUGUUAAAAACAGUUUUCAGUACCCUAACAGUUGCCAUGCGAUAUGAACCUGCAAAUGCAAAAUUCUUCUCAACUGAGGUUCGGUAUGAUAGUUUAACAGAAGCUGCACGUCUGCUUGGCUGCUUUUCCAAUACCAUUGACAUUCUACCAGAUUCAGAAGAAACAAAUCAAGAAGAAAUCCAGUCUAUCCCAGAAUCCAUUGCCAUUUUUGAGGAUUUCUUCAAUGAUGUUAAAGACAGCAAAACCAAGCAUCUUCUACCUUUGACACUUCAAUCAGCUUGUUUGAUGAUACGCUUUUUUUAUGAUAUGGCUCUAGAUUCCUUUGAUCGGCCUCCAGCUGCUGGCAGCUACAACACACUCAAGCGGAAUAUUUCAUUUCGGACAGAAGGUCCACAUUCUUUAGUGAAGAAAUCCAGUACAGAUAGUAUCAAGCUUUACCUGUCCGGUUCCCAAGAUCAAAUUAUUGUGCACCCAGGUGCUAUUAUGUCCAUCUUUCAUCUCCUACCAGCAAUUGAUUAUAAUGCUAAUUCAAAGCAAGCUCUAGAAUUACAAACGUACACCGCUGAACUCCUUAAGUCUGUGAUGCGAACUGAACGCAACCAACAAAUCAUGUGUGACGUUGGCUUCCCCCAUGAACUAUUGAACCAUGGCAAUGUGGCCCUUGCUGAUGAAUCCCACUCACUGCAUCCCCCACUUCAGUACAUGUUUGAACGUCUCGCUGCCCAAGCACUGACACCUAAGGAUCUCAAAGACUUUCUACGAUUAGGCUCACCACUUAACUGUCGGUCAGUCGAUGACCUCUACGAUGGUUACCGCAAUGGAUUUGUGUGCAGCCACAUGCAUAAUGGUUGUGAGCUGAGCCGUGGCCAUAGUCUAGAAGAAAAGCGCACACCUUAUGAAAUUGAAGACAAGCUGAAAACUGCUGGGGGGCCGGUACCUCUGACUCGUGUUAAAUGUCUUGUUUCUAUGACAACCCCUCGAGAUGCUCGCAUGCAUGGUUCAUCUGUGACACCAGCAUUUGUCGAAUUCGAUAUGAGCACUGAAGGGUUCGGAUGCCUUUAUUUACCAAGUAUUGCUCCCCAGGGGCCACCUGCUCCAUCUGUCGUUGGUGGAGUAGUUGGCUCAUCAGAUCCUGUAGUUAUUGGUGGUGUUGGAACAGGUGAGAGAAUGUUUCCCCCACAAUCGGGGCUAACUUACUCGACGUGGUUCUGUGUGGACAAAUUCAGCAGCCCUGACAUGGAUCUACAUCCUGUACGCUUGCUGACUGUUAUCCGCAACCUUCAGGGUCGCGAUGAAAAUCUCAUCUGUCUCAGUGUCACCUUGAUGGCAAAAGAUCGCUCUCUUGUCGUAUCAACACAAGAAACGAGUAUGCCAACUACAGUGACUGGCUGUGAUGAAGAGGAAGAGCCUGUCCUUGGCGACAACACUGUCAGGUUUUGGUGUCCUGAUCUUACACAAGAAGGACAAUGGCAUCAUUUGGUAUUGAUUUUUCAUCGAGCUGGUAUCAUGAAAAAUAGCAGUGUAAGCCUGUUCCUGGACAGCCACCAUGUCAACACACAAAAGCUUCACUACGUGUCUCCCAACUUAGGUGCUGGGGGUACUGCCAGCCCAACUGCUUUUACAACAGUUUUCGCUUAUAUUGGAACUCCUCCACAGCUUCGUCGGCAGUCCCAGUUGACCUGGAAGCAAGGUCCAUGCUACCUGUUUGAAGAUAUCGUGUCCACUAACACAGUGCAUACCAUGUACCAAUUUGGACCAGUAUAUGUAGGAAGUUUCCAAUCUCCAGUUUUAGGAGGCGAAGUACUGCCCUCUUUGGUUGCAGAAGAGAAAGUCAUGUUUGGUGUACAUGCACAUGCUUUAUCUCAAAUGACGAUAACAAAAAUCAGGAAAAUUUACAACAAAGUCGACAGCAAGUCUAUUGCCAAACAGCUGGCUAUGGGCUCACAUGAAAAUGCAACUCCUAUCCGUAUUCUUCACAAUUCAGCCUGUCAUCUCGGAGGACCAGCUCGUAGUUUAGGAGCGAUACUAAUGGGAUACCUGGGUGUUCGGACAUUUUGUCCAAGACCAGUUGCCAAGAUGCUGGAAAAUGUUGGAGGUACUGGGGCUUUACUCGGUCUUAUCGCAAUGGCCACCGAUGUUGAGGGUCUGUAUGCAGCCGUAAAAGCAUUAGUCUGCGUUGUGCGCAGUAACAAAUCCUCUAUGUGGGAUAUGGACAGAAUACGCGGUUAUCAGACUUUGUCAAUGUUGUACAAAAAGAAACGUCAUUUGUUGAACAGUCACAUCUUACAUCUGACCUUCUCAUUGGUGGGAACUGUGGAUAGUGGGCGAGAAAGUUCUGUGAUUCCAAACAGAUCAGCAUUUGAGGACCUUCUCUGUGAUCUCGAGGUUUGGCAUGAAGCACCUGGAGACUUACAGAAAUCUCUCUAUGAACAUUUCUAUGAAUUACUCACUGAAUCAAGUGACUUUAAAAGUAACUUAUAUUUGAUGAGAGAAGUGGGGUUAGUGCCCCGUCUUCUUCACAUCCUCAAGGACCACAAGCUGUCGCAACAAACCACCCAAACAAUUGCAAGUGUUAUUUCUGUGCUAUUACAAGGAGCAUCAGAUUCAAACUCCCUUCUCAGGCUUGGACAAUUUCUUGUUUCUACCAUUCCACAUUUUUCUGCAAGUGAAAAGGGGAUAAAAGUGAAUGGUGUCAAUUCUGCCUCCUGUGAUGUGGAAAGUCCUGAGGAGCGACCAGAUGGUAUUGAAUUCUGUGAUAGUCCUUCAUAUCACAACAUCCGGCUCCGAAAUAAUUGCCUUGAACUCCUGCUCAAGUUACUCAGCCAAGGAAGUCAAGGAUAUAACUAUGUUAUGGCAGAGGAAAUUGACAGGGUUCUUGGCUUUGACUGGAUCCUAUUGUUUAUGCAAAGCCAUCUACACCGCAGUACUGUGAUACUGGCACUUCGCAUCCUAAUCCUGAUGCUACGAAAUGGUGUCUUGAUGCAGAGAUUCCGUGAGGGAGGCCAUGGUGGAGGCUGGCUUGAUGAAACCGAAACUGUACUUAAGAGUCAAAUGAGUAUAAUGCUGGGACUGAAUGUUAGUGGAAACAAGAAUCAAAAACGAGAAAUAAACACAGAUGUCUGCCAUGUUCCUGGUUUCUUGGCGCUACAGUGGAUCCUGCCCUACCACAACAACGUGUGUGAGGUUUACUUCCUUCUGAUGGCUCUGUUGCUUGGUCAGCGAGUCAACGAAUUCCCUCCUGACAUACAGCUCAAUCUUGACGCUGUUUGGACAGUGAUCUUUGGUGUUCCUGCCAGCAAACCAGUCUCUAUGGCAACCAAAGAGAGUAAGAUUGAAGUAUGCCUCGAAGCAUCAUUGGUAAUAUUGUCCAUGAUUCGAUCCAUGUUAAAUGAGAUGGAGGAGACUGGUGCCUGGCUCAAUGAUUACCCUGUAACCCUCAUGCAAUUCCUGCUCUUUCUCUAUCACAAUCAAACUGAUUUUGCCCAAAUGUGCAGCUCUGCUGAUUUUAUUUCCGCACUUGCAGCGACCCUUUUCCCACACAAAUUACCUGACAGUGACAGUGAUGUAACAACACCUGUUGAUGAAUUCAAGCCAUUUCCUGAAUGUGAUUCCAGCAUUGUCUAUGUGAAGACUCCAGAGAAGCAUUAUAACAGUUUCCUCACUGGUCAUGCAGCAAGAAAAUUUGUGAUCGACUUUUUACGAACAAUCGUGGUGGACAGUUUCUCUCAACCCAACACAAAUCGAUCUAACACUGUCGUCGAUCUUGUUUUAGAAGCAAUGCCUGAACAUGCCUUAAGGGCUCAGCAGCGAGAAUAUCAGACUGAGAUUAUCAAGACUCUGAUGGACCAUCUUUUGGCUGCGGACGUACUCCUUGGAGAGCAGGCUGCCUUACCCAUAGCACUGGGAGGAAGCUAUGUUAAUAUGGCCAACAAUGUCUUCUAUUUUGCUAGUCGUGUAGUUGAUAAAUUGUGGCAGGGUGUUUUCACUCGAGAAUCCAAAGAGGUUUUUGAGUUUGUCAGUAAAUUGAUUUCCCAAGCUAAGAGGAAGGCAUCAGGACUUUCAUUGGAUUCCAUCUACCGAUGCUUGAACCGAACGAUACUUUUCCAGUUAUCACGUACCAUCGACAACGUAGCUGCUCAAACUAGUGUGUUAGAUGCCCUCCACAAACUUACCAAUAAUCGAAGUCUGGUGUUUGGUGUCAGCAAUGUCGACCAAGAAUUUCUUGGCUGUCUGAGUUAUUGUCUUUUACAACUGACUGAUGAUCCAGUUCAAAGUGGUAUUAACUUGAAUGAAACUCGUCCACGAGUUACCACAUGGCAUGUUGACACUCUGCUACUAGAUGAAGACAUGAUUCCACCAAUGAACCACAUGACGAAAAGCACAAGUCUACAUGAAGGGCUGUUUUUGGUUGCCUCUGCUGCUAAGAGAGUCUGGGAAGAACUCUAUGUCUGCAAAAAACCAGUGUUGGAAGAAAUAUUUAGAACUCAGCUGAAUACAAUUGAUUUAUCGGACUCCUCCAAGAUAACAUCCCCUGAUUUGGCAACAGUGAGGCCUUUAAUUCUGGAACCAGCCUCAAGAAUCUGGGUGUCCUAUGCAGAGUUAGAGAGGCGCUCAGUCUACAUGCAUACCGAUCGGUUACAAACACAAAUCCAGUCGAAACUACAAAAAGUCAGCAGUGGUGUCCUUCGCCUUGCUUCCAGAAAAACUAAGAAAGAACUCCCGCUGAAGUCUUCUCCUGCGACUACAGUCCAUUCCAGCGACUUUUUCAUGUGGACAAACAGCCACGUAUCUAUAGUGAAAGAUCUGGUUGAAUUCCAGUUCAAACAAUAUAUGCAGAGCAAUGAACACAUGGAGAAAUAUCUAUUAGAAGAAUGGUCACAAACAGAGAACGAACUCCUCCGAGAACGUGGGCUAUGGGGUCCACUGACAGGCUCCCGGCUGGACAAAUGGAUGUUAGAUAUGACAGAGGGUCCAUGCCGUAUGAGGAAAAAACUGAUGAGAAAUGAUAUGUUUUAUAACCACUAUCCUUACCGACCAAAUAUGGACUCUAGUUCGCAAGAUCCAAACUGUGAAGUAAUAAUGAAUAUCCCAAAGCUGUUGCCACGCCGACAGACCAGUGUGCUCCGCAGCAUGGAAACGGAAGACGAUCCAGACGAAGCAAGUGGCUUGUCUGAACCUAACGCAGACUCUGACAAAACAGAUAAUCAAACAGAAAACCAAGGCGAAAACCAGGCUUCUAACCAAGCCAUUUUACGUCUGCUUGGUGAAGGAGAAAAGAUUACUCACAUGUUCAGAUGUGCCCGCAUCCAAGGUCUAGAUACUGCUGAAGGUUUACUUCAGUUUGGCAAAGAACAUUUCUAUGUUAUUGAUGGUUUCACUCUGUUGAAAAGUAAAGAGAUCAAAGAUAUUGAUAGUUUGCCUCCAGAAUUCCACGAACCAAUUAUUCCAAGAACUUCAAAGAGCAGUGGUUGCUGCCAAAAACGAAUAUGCAGUAAAUUUUCCUAUGAUGACAUCAGAGAAGUACACAAAAGACGCUACCUGCUGCAACCAAUUGCAGUGGAGGUCUUCUCUGCAGACGGUCGUAAUUAUCUACUUGCUUUCCCUCGUAAAGUUCGUAAUAAAGUCUAUGCAAAAUUCCUGUCUGUGGCCACUGCCAUUACUGAUAAUGCACAGCAGUCUGUCUCUGGACAGAAACAAAAUGCUAAAAUCGAAUCCAGUGCCGGCAUUAUAAGCAGUUUAAUGGGUGAGAAAUCAGUUACCCAAAGGUGGGAGAGAGGCGAAAUUAACAACUUUCAAUACUUGAUGCAUUUAAACACUCUUGCUGGACGCUCGUACAAUGAUCUGAUGCAGUAUCCUGUGUUUCCUUGGAUUUUAGCGGAUUAUGACAGUGAGGAACUUGAUCUGACAAAUCCAGCUUCUUUUCGAGAUCUUUCUAAACCAAUGGGUGCUCAGACACCAGAUCGGUUAAAACAAUUCAAAAAGCGGUACCAUGACUGGGAUGAUCCCCAGGGAGAGACUCCACCUUACCAUUAUGGCACUCACUAUUCCUCAGCCAUGAUUGUAGCUUCAUAUUUAGUGAGAAUGGAACCAUUUACACAACAUUUUCUCAAACUACAGGGUGGUCAUUUCGACUUAGCAGACCGAAUGUUCCACAGUGUCAAAGAGUGCUGGUUGUCAGCAUCUAAACACAACAUGGCAGAUGUUAAGGAACUCAUUCCAGAAUUCUUCUACUUGCCAGACUUCCUGCUCAAUGCCAACAAUUUUGAUCUCGGUAGCAAACAAAAUGGUGUGACCUUAGGGAAUGUUAACCUUCCAACAUGGUCAAAAGAAGAUGCCCGAGAAUUUAUUCGUGUUCACAGAGAAGCCCUUGAAUGUGAUUAUGUCAGCAGUCACCUACACGAAUGGAUUGAUCUGAUAUUUGGCUACAAGCAGCGUGGACGCCCUGCUGUGGAUGCCACCAAUGUAUUCCACUAUUUGUUCUAUGAAGGAAAUGUCGAUAUUUACAGUAUUGAAGAUCCUCUCAAGAAGAAUGCUACAAUAGGCUUCAUCAAUAAUUUUGGACAGAUUCCUAAACAGCUGUUUAAGAAACCUCAUCCCCAGAAACGGUUGAGCAUCCGUAACCUGGAUCCGAUCCCGAUGACCCCCACCUCCAGUGGUGCUGCUGACAAACUGUUCUUCCACAAUGUCGACAAUCUAAAGCCUACUAUGCAACCAUACAAAGAACUGAAAGGAAUGGUUGGGCAAAUUAUUCAUAAUGACAAAUAUGUACUCGCUGUUGAACAGAAUAAAGUGCUCAUCCCACCAAAUUACAAUCGAUACCUGGCCUGGGGCUUCUCUGACCUGACCAUUCGUCUUGGAAAUUAUGAAUCAGACAAGGCCACAAAUGUAUUUGAAUGUCUUGGCAAUGGAGAAGUAUUCUGUGCUGCUUGUCCAAACUCCAAGAUUUUUGUCACUGGAGGCACGAGUACUGUGGUCAACGUGUGGGAAUACAAGCCCAAAGAGAAGCGAGUUAUCCUGAAGGGACCUCUAUAUGGACAUAACGAAGCUGUAACCUGCCUGGCUGCUUCGCCAGCCUACAAUGUCAUUGUGAGUGGCUCUCGAGAUCGGUCGUGUAUUAUAUGGGAUCUCAAUCGGCUCCUCUUGGUUCGACAGCUGAGGGGCCAUGCAGCUCCCGUGGCUGCUGUCUGUGUCAACGAACUUACGGGUGACAUUGCCACAUGUGCAGGUACCUACCUGUAUGUAUGGACCAUCAAUGGUGAAGUGAUUGCCAGUGUAAACACUGCAACAGCUCGGAACCAGCAGAUAUAUUGUGUUGCCAUGUCACAGAUGAUGGAAUGGGACACACAGAAUGUUAUUCUGACAGGAAGUAGUGAUGGAGUUGUACGGAUGUGGAGUGUUGAGUUUGUGCAGGUGCCUGAAGAGGCCAAAUGCAAAGCCUGCUCUGAAAACAGCAAGGAAGCAAAUAGACGUAAAGAAGACGAGACCGAUUCUAAUACUGUACCGCCAGUAACCAGACUUGUUCCCACCUCUAGUGUAUCUACCUCCAGUAACACUGCUCCUAUAAAUGCUAUGAAUGGGGCAAACAAGCCCACUGAUAUUCCACGUAUGACUCGUAGGGAGUCUUGUGACAGCUAUAGCAUUGAUGCCAAAGCUGUAGCUGACCGGCUCAAGGAAUUCAAAGAUCCUGACUACCUGGCAGCCAAAGAAAUUGAACUUGGUUCUUCAGCUGAGAGUGAAAACUAUUUUGUUCGUCGGAUGGGUUGCAAAGAGGAUAUGGUAGAUCUUGUUCCCCCGGAGAUUGAUAAGCGCGGAGACAGCAACUUGAGUUCUACAAGUAGCACCAGUGACAUUUAUAAAACAAGUGAGACUGGAAGCACAGAAGAUCUUGAAGUGACGGCACCAAGUGACUUGUUGAUUUUUGAGGAAUGCCCAAGUUCUUCAGCAACAUCAAUCCCAAAUGCUGAAGACAGUGUCAGCAUUAAAUCUGUAGACCAUGCUGUCGAUGCCCUUGCUGAACUCCAACAGGAACAAAACUUUAACAAAACCCCCGAUGGUAUAGACUCUAUACAAGACGAGCUGCCUGGUAGGUCUAUUUUGAGCGAUCAGUUGUCUAACGCUGUCGACAUGGACGAAUCCACAGAUACUAUUAAAGCAGAUGACCAACCGGACUCGGUUGAUUUCAAAGCUGAUCAGGACAGUGAUAAAGAUUCAGCCAAGUCCUCGAGUUCGGAUUAUGUUGUGGUAUCUUCCAGUGAUAUUCCAAGCUUUAAUAAACCAACGAACGAUCAAAGCUGGAAACCCAAACUAUCAAUGAAGAACUAUUUACGUGAAGGAUUCCGUUGGCAGAGACAACUUGUAUUUCGCAGCAAACUGACAAUGCACACUGCUUUUGAACGUAAAGAUAACAAGGAUCCUGCUGCAGUUACAACUAUUGCAGUAUCUAAAGAUCAUAAAACUAUAUAUGUUGGUGAUGCUCGUGGCCGUAUCUAUAGCUGGACUGUAACUGACCAGCCCGGGCGUGUUGUUGCUGAUCACUGGAUGAAGGACGAAGGUGUGGAUAGCUGCUUGUCAUGUCGGGUCAAGUUUUCCUUCUCAGAGAGGCGACACCAUUGUCGGAAUUGUGGACAAGUCUUCUGUUCCAAGUGCAGUCGAUUUGAGACAGAAAUAAGGCGUCUACGGAUAAUGAAACCAGUUCGUGUGUGUCAGUCUUGCUACAAUAUGCUGCGUGUGCAGCCAGCAGCUAACAAUAAUCCAGCCAACAGGACUUAAAACAGUGGGCAUUUACGGUUUUACAUAUCCCACCUUUUCCUACCCACACUGCAGGACCACCGUCAAGUGAAGUUUAUUUUGCAUGGUGCUGUUCCAUUAAGAAUCAGCACCGCCUCUGGUUCAGUUUUUACCACCGGUCAACCGCAUCGAGGGCGUUUGAUGUUUUGUAAAAGAAUAUUUUUUUUUUCUUUUAAUUGUUAAUUUACCCCACACAUACACAUAUAUAUAUAUAUAUAUAUAUAUGUGUGUAUAUGUACAUAUGCAUAUACAUAUAUAUAUAUAUAUAUAUGUGUGAAUUAUUUCCAAAGCUUCCUGCUGUGGUUUGGUUUUAUUGUUGAUGGUCAACAUUGACUGCAGUGGGGUGUUUUCAAUUUUUUUUUGAAAGAAGAACAAAACAAAAUGAAACAAAAAAAAAAGCAACAAAAGAAGAGA